AUGCGCAAGCAAAACUUGAAAGCAGUCCAAAUCGGUUUCGGGAAUACUCUCCAUGUUUCGAGAAUCACCCACAACACACCAACGCCAUCGCGAAUUGCCCAGCUACUUAGAUCUCGAUUUGAAAUCAUAAUCUUCUUGACUGUGCCAGUAGAUUCUAGUUUCUUACCCCCAGUUAUAAAAGGCCUCAACUCUCACCAUGGGCCGCACUUUUCGAUCAAGACAGACAGCAAGCAACUUUCAAAGACCAAGCCUUUUAUGCGAUCAAGCAGAAAUCUUCUUUCCAACUUGAAAACUCUCCCAGUUACCAAAGUGAGAACUUCGAAAAGACCAACGGCUCUAUCCGCUCAACGUCAACUUCAUAACAUGGCAUUCUUUCCUCGUCUCACUGCUGGGGAUUUCACCCCUCUCUUCCACCUCUUGGAUGACUAUGACAACCAUCGAGCAUCCGCUUGCCGCGGUAACGCCAUGCCAUCUCUAAGAAACUUCACGCCUAAGUUCGAUGUUCGUGAAGUUAAUGAUUCUUACCAUCUGGACGGCGAACUCCCUGGAAUCAACCAGAAGGACAUCGAGAUCGAAUUCACCGAUGAUCAUACUCUAGUUGUCAAAGGCCAUUCUAAACGCGAAUAUACGGCUACAAACGACACUCAGUCUGAUAAUGAAGCUGUCUCUGAAGACGCCGCCUCUGUCAAGAGUUCCCACCAGCCUACUGUUGAAGACGAGGGUGCUCCCUCCACGCCAGUCGAAGCAUCAGCUAUAACCAAGCAACAUGCCAGCUCCAAAUCCGUGACCAAGAAGCCCGGCCACAAAUAUUGGGUCAGCGAACGUUCCAUCGGUGAAUUUCAGCGAACAUUCUCCUUCCCAACCCGUGUGAAUCAAGAACUUGUCCGCGCCAACUUGAAAGAUGGAAUUUUGCAUAUCAUCGUUCCCAAAGCAGCGGCACCAACAUCGAAGCGUAUUCGCAUCGACUAA